UCACAUUGUCCUGAUGCUGGCAGAUGAUAUGGCGUGUAAUCCCAGAAAUCCCAAACCAGCUACUGUGUUUAGUCAUAAAAACAUGGAGCUAAAUGUCUAUGGAGACGAUGUGGAAGUGGAUUACAGAAGCUAUGAGGUGACCGUCGAAAACUUCUUGCGUGUGUUAACGGGAAGAAUCCCACCAAGCACGCCGCGAUCUAAACGUCUUCUUUCUGAUGACAGAAGCAAUAUUCUAAUAUAUAUGACAGGCCAUGGUGGAAAUGGUUUCCUAAAAUUUCAAGAUUCUGAAGAAAUCACAAAUGUAGAACUUGCUGAUGCCUUUGAACAAAUGUGGCAGAAAAGAAGGUACAACGAAUUGUUGUUUAUUAUUGAUACUUGUCAAGGAGCAUCCAUGUAUGAGCGAUUUUAUUCACCCAAUAUAAUUGCCUUGGCUAGCAGCCAAGUGGGAGAAGAUUCUUUAUCACAUCAACCCGAUCUUGGGAUUGGCGUUCAUCUUAUGGACAGAUACACAUUCUAUGUGCUAGAGUUCUUGGAAGAAAUUCAUCCAGCCAGUCAGACCAAUAUGAAUGACCUAUUUCAGGUCUGUCCAAAAAGUUUGUGCGUUUCCACACCUGGGCACCGAACUGAUCUCUUUCAGCGAGACCCGCAAAACGUUCUGAUAACAGACUUCUUUGGCAGUGUGAGAAAGGUGGAGAUUACGACAGAGACAGUUUCUUUGAACCGUGACUUAGCUGGUUUUGAAAGCAAGUAA